AUGGCGCUCCCAGCCCUGCCGCUUGCAGCAGGGCUCGCGGCCCGGCGGGAGGCCCGAGACCUGUGGUGGGUCUGCCGCAAGGCCGCGCGUGCGGGGACCAGGCGGCCGCCUGCGGAGGAGGAAGACGAGGACGAGGAGAUGCCUGAGCUGUCCGACGGCGAGGAGGCCUGGGAGGAGGAGGAGGGCUCCGCAGAGCGCCCGCAGGCUCGCUGCCUCUUCUGCGACCGGUGGCUUAGUUCUGCUGAAGAUGUAUUCUGCCAUUGCAAAAUAGAACAUCAGUUUGAAGUUGGUGAUGUGAUCAGGAAGAAUGGACUCGACUUUUAUGGAUACAUUAAACUAAUAAACUUUAUUAGACUGAAGAAACCAACUGUGGCAUAUUUGAAUUCGCUCAGCAGCCCGCUCCCCUGGGAAGGAGAGGAAUACUUAAAACCUGAGCUGGAAGAUGAUCUCCUACUUCAGUUUGAUAUAGAUGAUCUCUGUGAACCUGCAAAUGUUUUGCGUUCUAAUGGGUUAAACGAUAUCACAGUGCUCCUUGAACAGCUACGACAUGCGGAACACAGAGCAAAACUUGCAGAAGAAGCCUUGGUUAGAGCCCAGGAUGACCUUCAGAAAAUGAAGCAAUUUGCUCGGGAUUUUGUGGUGAAUGCAGAUGUCAGAAGCAGCUCAUCAGCCAGCGCCGUGGCAGACCUUCACGAGGAUGAGGAUGGUGUUUACUUCAGCUCCUAUGGGCAUUAUGGGAUACACGAAGAGAUGCUGAAGGAUAAAGUGCGUACAGAAAGCUAUCGUGACUUCAUAUACCAAAACCCACAUCUCUUCAAGGACAAGGUGGUUUUGGAUGUUGGCUGUGGAACUGGAAUACUCUCCAUGUUUGCUGCAAAAGCAGGUGCAAAGCAAGUGAUCGGAGUUGACCAGUCUGAAAUCGUGUACCAGGCAAUGGACAUCAUUAGGUUAAAUAAACUCGAAAAUAUCAUUACAUUAGUCAAAGGAAGAAUUGAAGAAGUAGAUCUGCCUUUGGAAAAAGUGGAUGUAAUUAUAUCUGAAUGGAUGGGAUAUUUCCUUCUCUUUGAGUCUAUGCUGGAUUCCGUUAUUUACGCAAAGGACAAGUACCUGGCAGAGGGAGGCUCAGUUUAUCCUGACAUGUGCACCAUUAGUCUAGUAGCUGUGGGGGAUAUGAAUAAACAUAUGGACAAGUUAGUUUUCUGGGAAGAUGUAUAUGGCUUUGACAUGUCUUGCAUGAAGAAGGCAGUAAUUCCAGAAGCUGUUGUGGAGGUGCUGGAUCCAACCACGAUUAUCUCUACAGCCAGUGUCAUUAAGCGUAUCGACUGCAAUGCUGCAUCCAUCCCCGAUUUGGAAUUCUCCGAGGAAUUCACUCUAACAGUUACCACGAGCACAAGGUGUACG